AUGAGCGAUGGCUCACUCCUAGGGCUGGGCGGGUCCGCAGCGCCGAUUGGCGAUAGAUCGCCAAACGCGCCGACUAUUCGCACGGUCGGCGUACGCACACGAAUUGGCGCGGUACUUCAUUACGGCCGCUCUCUAAGGCGACCUGGUCCGGACAAAGGCGAACGUAUAUCGCGCCUUCCUCCAAAGGCCCUUUCAGUGCGGAACAUGAGCCGGAUGCCGCGGUGGCGUAUCCCGGGAUCCACACUGGCUCGUUUAUUACUGCAGAAACCACACCAGAGCCACGCGUGGUGCAGUUUGACGCAAAGCCACGUGCAC